AUGAUCCUUGGGACUACCAUCCGUGCGAAUCAACACUUACUACUUCAUCUCCCGGACAUCCUGCGGAACCUAGGGCCAGCACCAUCAAUUUGGUGCUUCGGCUUUGAACGUGCAAAUUACAUAUUGCAACGAACAAACACCAACAACAGGAUGGGUAAGUACGAUUACUUCAACUUCUACAGAGGUUAUUAA